AUGAUUUCAACAAUCGGCACAACAACAAUUCAAACAACUACAGCACCAAACUCGCUAGUUAUGAAUCCAACAUCUAUGUUAGUAGAGAUGAAAAACUUCAUUCCUUCUUCAUAUACUUUCGAAACAAAAAUCCAGAAGAUAAAGCAAGAACUUUUAACAAGUAAUUUAGACUGUAGUGCGAAAGAUGAAACAAAUGAACAGUAUCUUUAUGAAAUGCAGGACAUUAUUGACCAUUUACCCAAAUUGCCUGAAAUCCAACAACAAAAACUAACCAUUCCCGAAUUUGACGAAAUAGAAGUCAAAGCAACUGACUCAGUAGAAAUAAAGAAGUUCAUACGAAAGGUAAAUUAUGAAUUCCUUGGUUUUCAUUGCAACCAUAAGGUUAUGGACAAAGAUUGCGACAUGGUAUAUAAGAACAUCUCUGACCUUUACAAAUCCGAAGAAUUUAAGACCUACGACAACUUUGUUUCGUUAGUUGCAAAAUG